AUGCCCGGCGGCGGGGCGAGCGCGGCGUCUGGCCGGCUUCUCACCGCCGCGGAGCAAAGGGGGGCCCGGGAAGCGGCGGGGUCGGCGUCCAGGAGCGGCCCGGGAGGCUCCGGCUCCGGCGGCGGCAGCAGAGGCGGAGCGGGCGGCCCCGGGCCGGGCAGCGGAGGCCCGGGGGGCCCCGCGGGCAGGAUGAGCCUGACCCCGAAGGAGCUCUCGAGCCUGCUGAGCAUCAUCUCGGAGGAGGCGGGCGGCAGCAGCACCUUCGAGGGCCUGUCCACCGCCUUCCACCACUACUUCAGCAAGGCCGACCACUUCCGCCUGGGCUCGGUGCUCGUCAUGCUGCUGCAGCAGCCGGACCUGCUGCCCAGCGCGGCGCAGCGCCUCACGGCGCUCUACCUGCUCUGGGAGAUGUACCGCACCGAGCCGCUCGCCGCCAACCCCUUCGCCGCCAGCUUCGCGCACCUGCUCAACCCCGCGCCGCCCGCCCGCGGCGGCCAGGAGCCCGACCGGCCGCCGCUCUCAGGAUUUUUACCUCCUAUAACUCCACCAGAAAAGUUUUUCCUUUCCCAGCUGAUGUUGGCACCCCCACGGGAACUCUUCAAAAAGACACCUCGGCAGAUAGCCUUGAUGGACGUCGGAAACAUGGGCCAGUCUGUGGACAUUAGCGGGCUUCAGCUAGCCCUGGCUGAACGCCAGUCUGAAUUGCCAACUCAAAGUAAGGCCAGCUUCCCUAGCAUUCUCAGUGACCCAGACCCGGAUUCUUCUAAUUCUGGAUUUGACAGCUCUGUUGCUUCUCAGAUCACGGAAGCUUUAGUCAGUGGACCAAAGCCACCUAUUGAAAGCCAUUUCCGGCCGGAGUUUAUCCGUCCCCCGCCUCCGCUCCACGUGUGUGAGGAUGAGCUGGCCUGGCUCAAUCCCACCGAGCCUGACCACGCGAUUCAGUGGGACAAGUCAAUGUGUGUGAAGAACAGCACUGGCGUCGAGAUCAAGCGAAUCAUGGCCAAAGCCUUCAAGAGCCCCUUGUCUUCUCCCCAACAAACACAGCUCCUUGGAGAGUUGGAAAAGGACCCCAAACUUGUUUAUCAUAUUGGCCUCACUCCAGCCAAGCUUCCUGACCUAGUGGAAAACAACCCUCUAGUCGCCAUAGAAAUGCUGCUGAAGUUAAUGCAGUCAAGCCAGAUCACGGAGUACUUUUCAGUUCUGGUCAAUAUGGACAUGUCAUUACACUCAAUGGAAGUUGUUAAUCGACUAACUACAGCUGUUGAUCUACCUCCUGAAUUUAUUCACCUUUAUAUAUCAAAUUGCAUUUCUACCUGUGAACAAAUUAAGGAUAAAUACAUGCAGAAUCGUCUGGUGCGUCUCGUGUGUGUCUUUCUCCAGUCCCUGAUCCGUAACAAAAUCAUCAACGUGCAGGACUUGUUUAUAGAAGUGCAGGCCUUCUGCAUCGAGUUCAGCAGGAUAAGAGAAGCCGCGGGCCUCUUCCGGUUGUUGAAGACCCUGGACACUGGGGAGACACCUUCUGAGACCAAGAUGUCCAAGUGAUACCUCGUCGGGACCACCCGUUCAUUGUUCAGCUGUGUUGUGCUUUCAUUUUUAAAACUGUUCAAACCCCGA